CCCACCCUCCCCCACCCCCACCCCGACCCCCGUCCGGAGUCCGGCCUCCCGCGGCGCUCCCCUGAGCUCGGCGCCCGCCGGGCUCCGGACGCGGGUUCCGACCCAGUUCGCGGCGCCUGGCGACCCGGCGGAGGCAGGUGGGGCCGGGGAGACACACGUGCCCCGCCCGCAGGCCUCGGUGGGACCCGGACGGUGCGCGCUGUGUGCGGGGUUCGUCGUGUGGACAGAUUACACGUAGAGAUGAUCUUCAAAAUGAAGCCUCUGGAAAAUGGUCGGUUCUCUGCAGGAACUGCAAAAAUGGAAGGAAAGAACAUUUUCAAAACAACCUUGUUGUGAAAGUGUGUUUACAACUAACUGAUACUGUUGGCGGUUUCGUUUUCGUUUUAACUAAUAGACACUUUAAGAAGAUUGUAUUUAUGGUCAAAGGAAACUGGACUAACCAUGCGGCCGAAGACUUUUCCCGCCACGACCUACUCUGGGAACAGCCGGCAGCGGCUGCAGGAGAUCCGCGAGGGGCUGAAGCAGCCACCCAAGACCCCCGCCCCGGGGCCGCCCGCGGGGCCGGGCACUGAUGCCGCCCUGGAUGCCAAGGCCCUGGGGGGCAAGGACGCGGCCAGGCAGCAGCAGCAGCAGACGAGGACAGCCCCGAAGUUCGGGCCUUACCAGAAAGCCCUGAGAGAAAUCAGAUACUCCUUGCUGCCCUUUGCUAAUGAAUCGGGCCCUUCGGCCGCCGCAGAAGUAAACCGACAAAUGCUGCAGGAACUGGUGGACGCGGGCUGUGACCAGGAGAUGGCGGGCAGGGCCCUCAAGCAGACCGGCAGCCGCAGCAUCGAGGCCGCCCUGGAGUUCAUCAGUAAGAUGGGUUACCUGGAGCCGGGCAAGGAGCAGAUUGUGCGGGUCGUCAAGCAGACCUCCCCAGGAAAGGGCCUGGCGCCAGCCUCUGUGCCGCGGAGGCCGAGCUUCGAAGGAGCAGGUGACCCUUUCCCGCCCUACGCCCAGGUGAGCGGGCCGGCCUUCGAGGGCCCCGCCGCCCUGGAGGAGGCGCCCCGCCAGUACCCGGACUUUCUCUUCGCCGCCGUCGGGCCUCACUGCCGUCCGCACCCACCCAAGGGCUACGCCGCCGCCGGGGAGGCCGCCGGGAUGAGCCUCCCCGGCCCUGGGGGCCCGGCGCCCCCGCUGCAGGGCCCGCAUUACAGGGCCCCCCUGCUGGUGCCCGGGGAGCCCCUGGGCUACGGCGUCCAGCGCAGCCCCUCCUUCCAGAGCAAGACCCCGCCGGAGGUCGGCGGGUACGCGGGCCUGGCCGCCAAGGGCCCGGCCGUGCAGGUGCAGGUGCAGCCCGGCCUCGCGUUCCCGCCCCCGGGCGGCGCCGCCGCGUACGCACCCCACCCGCACACCAAGCAGCCCCACCCGGUGCACGCGGGGGGCCCCCGGGGCACCGUGUUCGCUGGCGACAGCCCCCCGCCGGGCCUAGCCACCUCCUCCCGGACCGGCCUCGGCGCCGAGCGGUUUGAGCAGAGCGCGCCCCCCGCGCCGCAGUGGCCGAGCGCCGGCCUGGCCCGGCGGGACUCGCUGCAGAAGCCGGGCCCCAGCAGGACCGGCUCCUUCAACGGCCACCAGGCGGCGGCCGCGCCCUCCCCCAACGCCAUCACGGCCGUGACGGCCGCGCACAUCCUGCACGCGGUGAAGAGCGUGCGGGUGAUGAGGCCCGAGCCCCAGACGGCCGUGGGGCCUUCGCACCCCGCCUGGGUGCCGCCACCGGGCCCCGCGCUCGAGGGCCUGGAGCCCCAGGACGAGCAUCCCCCCGCCCCGGGGGGCGCCGAGGCGCGGGGCCGGCCCCCGCCCUACCCCCGGCACCUGCUUCGGCCGCAGGGCCGCGCCGAGCAGUACGACGUGGACGGCCUGUGCGCGGGGCUGCAGCAGGGCCUCCGGGGCAGCCGGGCCGCCGAGCCCCCCGACGGGAGCCCCAGGAGCCCCAGGGGUGCCAAAGGGGAGAAGGCGGGCAAGGACCGCAAGCAGAUCCAGACGUCCCCGGUGCCCGUGCGCAGGGGCUGCCGCGACGAGGAGAAGCGGGAGUCGCGCAUCAAGAGCUACUCGCCGUCCGCCUUCAAGUUCUUUAUGGAGCAGCAUGUGGAGAACGUGCUGAAGACCUACCAGCAGAAGGUGGCUCGCAGGCUGCAGCUGGAGCAGGAGAUGGCCAAGGCCGGGCUCUGCGAAGCUGAGCAGGAGCAGAUGAGGAAGAUCCUCUUCCAGAAGGAAUCCAAUUACAACAGGCUCAGGAGGGCCAAGAUGGACAAGUCCAUGUUCGUGAAGGUGAAGACCCUGGGCGUCGGCGCCUUCGGGGAGGUGUGCCUGGCCUGCAAGGUGGACACGCACGCCCUGUACGCCAUGAAGACGCUGAGGAAGAAGGACGUCCUGAAUCGCAACCAGGUGGCCCACGUGAAGGCCGAGAGGGACAUCCUGGCGGAAGCGGACAACGAGUGGGUGGUCAAGCUCUACUACUCCUUCCAGGACAAGGACAGCCUGUACUUCGUCAUGGACUACAUCCCGGGUGGCGACAUGAUGAGCCUGCUCAUCCGCAUGGAGGUGUUCCCCGAGCACCUGGCCCGCUUCUACAUCGCGGAGCUGACACUGGCCAUCGAGAGCGUCCACAAGAUGGGCUUCAUCCACCGCGACAUCAAGCCGGACAACAUUCUUAUAGAUCUCGAUGGCCAUAUCAAGCUGACAGACUUUGGCCUCUGCACUGGGUUCAGGUGGACGCACAACUCCAAAUACUACCAGAAAGGGAGUCACAGCAGGCAGGACAGCAUGGAGCCCAGCGACCUCUGGGACGCCGUGUCCACUUGCCGCUGUGGAGAGCGGCUCAAGACGCUGGAGCAGCGGGCGUGGGGGCAGCACCAGCGGUGUCUGGCCCACUCCCUGGUCGGGACCCCCAACUACAUCGCCCCGGAAGUGCUCCUGCGCAACGGUGCGUGCUCCGGCCCUGCGCCCAAGCCAGGGGCCUCGGAGGGUCCCGAGCCCCCGCUUCCAGAGACUCCAAGUGUCCCCGCUGUGUCUGUGCUCACGGGAGCCCGAGAGCCGGAUUCUUUCCUUAGCGAGCACGGCCUCCAGUGUGUGUCCCUCUGUUUGGGAGCUGCCUUCGCUUCUGGCCCGUCUCCGCUUGCCCUUCCUUGGGCUGGAAUUGACAGGCUGGGUGCGAGGUGGGCUUGCUCCCCGGAGCCCAGAGGAGUCGCUCCAGAACUGGUUUUGACAGAGUCCUGUGAUAGACAGGACUGUGGCGGGGGAUGCGGGGGGUCCCACCUGGGUCAACCACCUUCACUGGUCAGCGGGUGUGAGGAUACAAACACCGUGUCCUCCAGUUCUCCGCCGCAGGCCCAGAAGCACCUUCAAGGAUACACCCAGCUCUGCGACUGGUGGAGUGUUGGCGUGAUUCUCUUCGAGAUGCUGGUGGGGCAGCCGCCCUUCCUGGCGCCGACUCCCACGGAGACGCAGCUGAAGGUGAUUAACUGGGAGAGCACGCUGCACAUCCCCGCGCAGGUGGAGCUGAGCCCCGAGGCCCGGGACCUCAUCGCCAAGCUCUGCUGCUCGGCUGAGCACCGGCUGGGCCGCAACGGGGCCGACGACCUGAAGGCCCACCCGUUCCUGGGCGCCAUCGACUUCUCCAGCGACAUCCGGAGGCAGCCUGCCCCCUACGUGCCCACGAUCAGCCACCCCAUGGACACGUCCAACUUCGACCCAGUGGACGAGGAGGGCCCCUGGCAGGACGGCAGCGAGGACAGCUCCAAGGCCUGGGACGCGCUGGGCCCCCCGGGCAGCCGGCACCCCGAGCACGCCUUCUAUGAGUUCACCUUCCGGAGGUUCUUCGACGACAACGGCUACCCGUUCCGGUGCCCCAAGCCUGCGGUGGCCGAGGCCGGGCCUGCGGCUGAGCAGCCAGCGGCGGGGGGCCCAGCCCCAGGGGCACAGGCCGGGGGCUGCCAGCCCGUGUACGUGUAGACCCUGGGGGACCGGGGGGUCAGCCCUUCAGGUCAGUCGGCCCAUUGCCCCUUGAAAGUCUGGUCUGCACCCAAAACCAAAGCAGAAAAGCUUCUGAAAGAGGACUCGCCUCUGACGUCUUCUCCACAUUCUGGUUGAUGGCGGGGCGGGUGUCAACGUGGCCUGGAAUUGGCUUUUGAGGACCUUCACUGCAUUAAAACAAUAUUUUUUAAAAUUAGUACAGUUUAGAAAGAGCACUUAUUUUGUUUAUAGCCAUUUUUCUUACUAAAUUAUAGGGAUUAAUUUUGACAAAUCAUGCUGCUGUUAUUUUCUACGUUUGUAUUUUAUCCACAGCACUUAUUCACAUUUAGGGAAAGACGUAAAGAUUGAAGAACAUGUGAUAAGAAAUCUCUGUGCAAUAAUGUUAAAAAAAAAAGAUAACACUGUUCUGAUGUUACUGAUACCAUUUUAUUCACACAGUGGUUUUUGUUUUAUAUUUUUCCCACAUUUCAAAAUUGUGAUAUAUGUUAAAAGCUGCUUUUGUUUUGUUCUGUUUGCUUUUUGCAUAUUAUAGUAUAAUAGGAAGUGUGAGCAGGUGAUCACGCGGGUGUGACUUCAGAUGCCAAGUGUGGAGAGAUCGCUGCAUGAACAGGGUUUUUCUAUUAAAGCGUGACCGUGUCUUGCCAUUCACAGCGGGUUCUGUGAAUACGUUUUGAGUGAGUAAUUCUGGACAGUGUGCUGAUGCCGUGUCGUCCUGUGGUGACUUCCUCGCUGUGACUGCACCCCUCCUCUCUCGUUGAGGAAAUGCACGUGUGCCUGAGAGCUGAUGUGACUGUAUGUGUCGUGGGUGUGAUUGGAUUCUUUGGGGGGCAAAGACGUUUGUCCUGCACUACACUUGUGUACAUCAAAAGGGAUUCUCUUAGCUCUGCCAAAAAAAUGUAAGUUAGUCGUGGACCUCUGUCUGCUUCGCGAGUCAGGAUGCUGUCCUGGUGGUACAGCCGCCACGGGUAGCCGGAGCCCCGCCCGGCAGGCGCCCCGCGGAAGGGCAGGGAUCUUGGGGUUCUCUCACUGGAGGCAGCCUGCCCCCUACGUGCCCACGAUCAGCACGUGUGCUUUCUAGUGUGCUUUGAAGGAUCCAUCUUAACUUGGUUUUAGAAGCACAUUUUUUAAUCUUUGUGAAACAGCAAAGUGAUGUUGAAAAAGAAAAGAUAUUUAAGCCAUACAUAUUUUCUUAGGAGUGUAAAUGUAUAUAUAACUACAUAGAUAAACAAAAUAUUCCUAUUUCAAAUUAGUAUGAUUCCUAUUUAAAGUGAUUUAUAUUUGAAUAAAACGUUAAAUUCUUUUUUUGCUUUUUAAAAACCUGAUGCAUCCUAUUUUUCAUUAUGUUAUUCCAUGUAUUUUUCCUUGAGGUUUUUAGCAUAAUGUAUCCAUUAGUUAGUGUAUCUCUAGGCAGCACACUUACGCGUCUGUCGAUGGCCAAACUGAAGAAGAAGACGCCUGUGCACUGGUUUACAUGUGUGAGUGGCAGGUUCUGGGUCUGCUGUGCUGCGUCGUGACUGUCAGCGUUUCUCUAGUUUCGCAGUAACGCCGUGUUGUUAUUUACGCUCUGACAGACGUCAUGUGGUAGGUUCUUUCUCAGGAACUCAAUUUAACUAUUAUUUAUUGAUAUAUCAUUGCCUUUGAAAAGCUUCUACUGGCACAAUUGAUUAUUAAAGUUUUGAGUCCAAA